CCUCCAUCCUUCUUUCAAUCUUCACGUGUAUUACGAAAGUCAAUAAAGAUAUUCUUGAACAAUUCUUCGUUCUGUAACAUUCUGAAGCUACGUAUAAACUUUGAUUUUAUUUCAUGAUUUGAACUUAUUUCUUUGUAAUAAUGGGGAAAUUGAAUGUCUCAAUUUUACGAUAUCUUACUCGUGAAGAUUUCAGAGCACUAGCUGCUGUUGAAAUGGGAAUGAAGAAUCAUGAACUUGUUCCUGGCCCUUUAGUUGCUUCUAUAGCAAAUUUUAAGCAUGGUGGAUGUCAUAAACGGUUAAUGAACCUUACUAGGCAUAGACUUGUAGCAUAUGAAAGAGGGAAAAGGUAUGAUGGGUAUAGACUUACAAAUGCUGGCUAUGAUUAUUUAGCACUGAGAGCAUUGGCUUCUAAAGAUGUAAUUUUUUCUGUGGGAAAUCAAGUUGGAACUGGCAAAGAAUCUGAUAUAUUUUUAGUUGCUGAUAAGGAUGGGAAAGAAAUGGUUUUAAAAAUCCACAGGUUAGGUAGAAUAUCAUUCAGGAAGAUUAAAGAAAAGAGGGACUAUCAUCAACAUAGACACAGUGCUUCUUGGUUAUACUUAUCUAGGUUGGCUGCAGUGAAAGAAUUUCACUUCAUGCAGGCUUUGUAUGACCGAAAUUUCCCUGUUCCAAAACCAUAUGAAUUCAAUCGUCAUUGUGUUGUCAUGGAAGUAGUUAAAGGUUAUCCCUUGUGCCAAAUUAGUGAAGUGAAUGAUGUUCCUGCCUUGUAUGAAGAAUUAAUGAAUCUUCUUGUGAGACUUGCAAACCAUGGACUCAUUCAUGGUGAUUUCAAUGAGUUUAAUCUUAUACUUGGUGAUGACGAUCAUGUCACGUUAAUAGAUUUCCCACAGAUGAUCUCAACAUCUCAUCCAAAUGCUGAAUGGUACUUUGAUAGAGAUGUAACAUGCAUUAGAGAAUUUUUUAGAAAGAAGUUUGACUUUGAAAGUGAACUGUAUCCUAUUUUCAAAGAAAUAGAGAGAAAUGAUAAUCUUGAUAUAUCAACAGCUGCCAGUGGUUAUUCUAAAGAAAUUCAGGAUGAUUUGAAAAAAGCUGUAGAAUUGAUGAAACAGGAAGAUGAAUCAGAAAAUGACAGUGAAGAAGAUAAUAAAAGUGAAUAUAAAACAAGUUCUCAAAAAGACACCAGAAAUCUUUUAGAAAGGUAUUUGGAUGAUUCAUUGGGAGCUCUAAAGGAAUCUGAUGUUUCUUUAGCUUUUCAAAAUGAUGAAGAAAAAAUUACUCUAAAUCAAUUUGAAAAAUUGAAUCUCUCUACAGAAACUGAUUUAAAUAUAGAGGAGGAUUUAUUUCACGAAAAUUCGCCUGAUGGAUAUUCAAAGUAUAAUGAUACUGAAUCAGUUAAUAAACCAUUGCAGUUGAAAAAGACUAAAACUUUUAGUACAAGAUCAGUAUCAACUAUACCACCAGAGGAAAUAAAAGCAAGACUUCAAAAACAAAGGCAAAAGAAACAAGAAAAAGAACAAAAAAGGAGACUUACAACAAAGGGUGAAGCAAAUGCUACAAAUCGUCAGAAGAGAGAGAACAGAGAUACAAUAAAUCAGAUUGUAGAAUUUUGUGAAUGGUGAUUCUGUUAUUAAUAUUUAUGUAUAGUUAAUAAAUGCUUUGAUGCAAAACAUACUUUA